CCGAGGAAACGUUGAUUUUCGUCUCUCCCUGAACAUUUACUGCUAAUCUGGUCAGCGAGGUUCGGCUGUGAUGGCUGACUUCAGCAGCAGGGUCAUGACGUCCUCAGAGCAGCUGGCGGUCAGAGGAGGAGCUGCAGGAAAAGCGACGGCGUCCUCAGUCGUGGCGGGAAACGGAAACUGGGAUGGUGCGGGCGGGAUGGACCAGAUCACAGUGGUGAGGAUAGAUGACACCCACAUUGCAGAGGAGCAGUCUCACGUCAGCGGGAAGGUUAAAGAUACCGCCGCCACCGCCGAGUUCUACGAGGUGGAGUACUCGCUGCCUGCGGAGGAGGUGGUCGUGGGAGAGGAAGAGGAGGACAGUGUUUAUGUUAUUGAAUAUUCAAAUCCUGAGGAGGAAGGAGAGAGUUACCAGUUCACCAUGUCUGUGGAUCGAUCGCUCCCGCCCAAAAAGCCGGUUAUUAGACGUCCGGUGGUCAGAGAAAACGCCACAGCUCCGUUACCGGUGAUGUCCAAACCGUCCAGACCGUCGAGGCAGAGACACGAGGUGAGGCAGAAGAGGAAGAUGUCGUCAGAGGAGGAAGUCAAAGAGGAAGAAGUUGUGAGCAACAAGAGUGUGUUAGAGUUCGGAGAGGACUACAGCGACAUGAUGGGCUCAGGGAAACGACAGCUGGUGUGCUCGCUGUGCCCGCCGCCCGGCAGGACCUUCAAGAGGGCGUCAGGUCUGGCCGUACAUUUGAAACAGAUGCACCUCAUGGAGGGGAAGAAGACGUUCUUCUGCACGUCCUGCAAUCAGAGCGUUCGCACUCAAAUCGAACUGGACGCACACACACGCCGCCACGCCAACCAGGACGCCGUCUUCACCUGCCUCCUCUGCCCGGCGGGGACAGAGGAUCAAACCGAGGCGCAGACGACGGGGUUCAAAGGGUCCAGGUGGGGCCUGAAGAAACACCUGGAGAAGGAGCACCCGGGCGUCAUCCCUCGCUGCGACGUCUGUAACAAAGGCUUCAAGACGCUCGUGUCGUACCUCGCCGAUCAGUUCAGGCACGUCGGGGUGUCGCCGUACUACUGCGCCAAGUGUCAGAUCUACGAAAUGACUGAGAGGGGUCUGAGCGUGCACAUCAAGAACCACGACAAGAAGAAGAAGAAGCAGGAGUUGGCUGAAAACCGCCUGCCGGCGAUCGGAGUCUCCGCCCCGGUGGAUAACUCCGCCACGGACGACUCCGACUUCUGACUCUGCAGAGAGUCCAGCCCGGCCUCUUCCUGUCAGCCGCACCAGCUCAGUGACCUCCUCCAAGUCAGACUCAGGUCCCACCGUUAUGCAUCCUGGACUGGUCUGAACUGGACAAGAACACGACUGGUUCUGUGUGCGACCACCUGAGCGUCAGACAGAACCGAGCCUUUAUUUAGUCCAGACUUCUGUUAGAAACCUCCUCCGUGUUUACAUGAUACAUUCAGUGUAAUGUCCUUUAGUCAACUCGUGUCAUCAGCGCAGUACGAGUCAGGUCAGGUCUCUUAUUGUGAAAAACCAUCAGGAGUAUUUAGCAUCAUUAGAACCUUAAAAACCAUUUGACCAUUAUUCCG